UCCAUACGCGCACACAACACUUUCUUAUACCGGCGAAAAUAGACGUGUAUCAGAGCUAGCUAUAUGAAAUAAAAAUAAAAAUUACUGACAAAAACCAUAAUUGUAGAACAAAAAAAUUCAAAAUGCGAACGCGUCCUAAUUUGACGUUUUCUAAAUUGGACAAGGACUUGGAUGGCGCGGGAGAAUUGUUGGAUAGGUUGUUCGGGAAAAAAGAUUGUAUGGUGGAAAUAAAUCCUGGCAGGGUGAUUCUGCCCGCCGACUAUAUGAACAUUGGACAAGACAUUUUGGACAUGGAGGUGCUACAAGAUGAUGUCUGGAUGUGCUCUUAUCCGAGAACUGGUUCGACGUGGGCUCAAGAAAUGGUGUGGCUCAUCGGUCAUGACCUGGACUACGAGGGAGCCAAGUCUCUGCAACAGAUAAGAUGUCCACUGGUGGAGCUGUCCUGCAUCAUGGUGGACGGGCACGCGGAGUGGCACAAGGAGUCCGUGAAGGGCACAUCCGUGGACCUGGUCAAGUACCGGCUGCCCCACCCUCGCUACAUCCGCAGCCAUCUCCCGUGGGACCUGCUGCCGCUGGAUAUCCAGAGGGAAGACGGCUCAGCUAAACCCAAGAUAAUCUACACGUCCCGCAACCCCAAAGACAUGGUGGUGUCGUACUACCACUACUGCACACUAGUGCACGGCCUCAAGGGGACCUUCGAGGAGUUCUGUGACCUCUUCAUGAGGGACCGCGCACCUUUCGGACCCGUAUGGAACCAUAUACUUGGAUUCUGGAACAGGCGUCACGAUCCCAACCUCCUCUUCAUCAAGUUUGAAGAAAUGAAGCGAGACCUGCCAUCUGUCGUCCGAAAGACGGCAAAAUUCUUAGGCAAAGAGCUGUCAGAUGUGCAAAUAGACAAGCUGUGCGACCAUCUCUCCUUCCAGAACAUGAAGACUAAUCGAGCUGUCAAUCUGGAAGCUAUCUUAGAGAAAUCAUUUGGCAAAUCGUAUUUAGAACAGACCGACCUCCGCUUUAUAAGGAAGGGGCAAAUUGGGGAUUGGAAGAAUUAUAUGUCGGAUGAUCUUUCUAGAAGAUUCGAUGACUGGGCGGAGAGCCACUUAAAGGGAACUGAGCUCAGCUUUGAAUAAGUAGUACCUACUUAUAUACUUCUGGUAUAUAGGUUAGGUUUUGUGUAUCAUAAAGUAUAGGUAACUUUAUUAUCUGAUUAUUAUUUGAAGUAAUUUUUAAGUAUAUUUUAUCACUAUUUUAUGAACAAAGACUUUUUAUUACUAAGUAAGUAUAAAAUAUCUUGUAUUUUCUUUAUUAUGUUAGAACAAACUCGUGGUGUAUUUUGUUGUUUCAAUAAAAUUACUAGUUAUUAA